AAAAACCUUGUGUGUCAGUGUCACCAUCGCCUGGGAAUAGGGUUUCGCGGCGAUGGCGGCGGACGUGCGCAAAACUGGAGCCCGGGGAGACCUACUUGGCUGUAACUGUGUCGGUCCAAAGGAAAUCCGACCGAUCGGAACCAUCCCGCCGCCGACGUACCGCCGGUCGAUCGAUCGAUCUAUGGAGGCACCGGCGGAGCAGCAGCCGCCGCGCGGCACCAAGCGACCGCCCGAAGACGGCGACGUCUACAAGGCCAACGGAGCCCGACGCUACGACUUCUCCCGCGACGAAGAGGGUGGCGGCGGCGGCGGCUGCAACUCCUCCACCGGGUUCCUCGACGAGAACGGCACGUUCGUGGAGCGCGCGGCGCGGGGCGGCACGAAGGAGGAGGCCUGGCUGGGCCCCGCCGACGCCGACGCCGCCCCCGCCGCCACGAAGCGCGCCAGGAAGGCCCUGAGGAGGCAGGAGGAGGACGAGCGGCUCGUGGACGACCUCGUCGCCUCCCGCGCCGUGUUCGACAUCAGGAAGAGGGUGGUCGGGAUCCUCGAGCCCGGCGAGACGGUCCCGCGCGCCCUCAGGCGGCUCAAGGGCCUCGGCGGCGCCGCCGGCGCGCGCGGGACUGCUAGCAGCAGGAUGGACGAGGAGACGCGGCGCGCGUUCGACGAGCUGACGGACGCGGCGGCGGAGCUGUUCGACCGCGGCGACCUCGACGCCUACUCCCACGACCGCGAGGCGUUCGAGGAGGCGGCGUGGGCCUACGAGUACCGCCGCCGUGCCCGCGCCUCUGGUUCCGCUGCCGCGCAGGAGGUCGAAGAAGGAUGCGCAGUCAGUCCCGAUCAGCCGGAUACGCCGGGCGACGCUUCGGGUACGGCGGCGGCGGAGGCUGGCGAGGGAGCCGGCGUCGGGGGCUGGGACUACGUGUACGAUCCGGCGUCGGGCAACUACUACAGCAGCAGCACGGGGUACUUCUACGAUGCUGCGUCUGGGUGCUACUGCUCGGCGUAUACGGGCACAUGGUUCUCCUACGGCGACGAUGGACAAUGCUACGGCACGGGCAAAGAGUUGCAGCCGUCUCCAUAAUCCCUCUGAUGCGGUGAAUAUCAAAGCUGGCGCCGAUGGACUCCUCCGCUUAGCUGCUGCUACGUUUUCUUUGUCUGAGAGACAAACUGACAGGAGAGACAUUCGGCUGAUCGAAGGACAAAGGACAGAUCCUGAUGUUGAUGACAUGGAAACUGAAGAGAAUGAUAUCUAAAAUCUACUGCCGCUGCUUCUACUCCCUCCCCUGCUUCUACUCCCUCCCCUCGGUGGAGUAGCUUCGUUUUUCUGACCUAGAAGUUUGAGUUUUUUAGAAGUGUGCUGUUGGCCGUUGGUUUGUGUGGCUUUUGAUGAGUUGUAAUUGGUUCUAUAAAAUAACCUCCCUAAACGCUAGUAGUAGGCGGCGAUCACUCUCCUACUUUUUCCUUACUUUUUGAACACCUGUUUUUUUCGUUAUCUUGAUGGUAAUGAAAAUCGAUCCCAUGCUAGAGGGCUUGG